AUAGUCAAUUGCAAUUUUACCGAUGUGACGUGCUUACUCAACGAGUCGACGUUGUGUUUGCUAGUGCGGUUGUGGCAUCAUGUCAAGUCUAACCUAUUUAGGCCGGAAGGCGUAUCUGCAUCAUGAUACAUGCGACUACUUAAAGUUGCGUCAACUCAACUCUAGAUCCAACAACCACGACGACUUCCAUCUCUCCUGUUCACCCGCACUCUAAAGCUCUGUCCAAAUAUCAUACAAUGUCGGACGAAAUCAGAUCUUACGGCUGGACUGCCGUUCCAAGAGACCGUUCCAACGUCCCUUCUGCCAAGGAAGCUGCUGCUCCCCAAACCAACGCGGCCGCAGUCGACAUCACAGGCAUCUGGCCAGACAACGAGUUGACGAAAAAAGCGCGUGAAUACGCGAAGCGCGAGUUGCCUACAGAGACGUACAACCACAGUCUCCGAGUGUACGCCUACGGUCACCAGAUUGUCACGCAGUACCUGCCCGACUGGAAGUCGAGCACGUUUUUCGAAACGUGGGCGCUGACAUGCCUGCUCCACGAUAUCGGGACUACAGCGCAGAACAUGUCGUCUACGCACAUGUCGUUUGAUUUCCAGGGCGGCUUCAUCGCUCUGGCCAAGUUGCAGGAGUUUGGUGCCGCCAAAAUACAGGCGGAGAGCGUUGCGGAAGCUAUUAUCCGGCAUCAGGAUCCUGGUGAGACGGGCACGAUUAGUGCCAUGGGACAGCUGAUACAGGUUGCAACUGAGUUUGAUAACAUGGGUUGGCAACCCCAUCUCAUAAGCCGUGAAGUGAUUGAAGCGGUAACACGACAACUACCCAGACUGGGCUGGUCGACUUGCUUCUCACAACAGAUUCGCAAGGAGAUUGAGCAGAAGCCUUGGUGUCAUUCGACGGCGAUUCCGGGGUUUGCGGAGGCUGUUGCGGGCAACGAGGUUAUGAAACCGUAUGAAUAAGGCUGGGUGGUGCAUUGGAAUGGAUGGGAAGUUGGAUGACUGUGAUGGAUAGGAGAAAUGUGCAGAAGUACAGGAUUGUCAGAAUGUUAUUAUUGGCUGAACAUUAAAGAAAGAAUUCGACAUCGCAGCC